GCGCGUGAUCCCACGCUUUUUUUCCGCAUAAAAACACUAUCCAUAGUGGCAUCUCAAGACCUCUGGUCAUCUCUCUCUCUCUCUGCAUAAACUGUACGCGGUCUCCAGUUUUUCUCUCUAGGUUUGAGCUGCGGCCAUGGCCAGUACUGAUCAAGAACACAGAAAAGCGGAAGAGACUGCACCUGGCGAAGAUGAAGAUACUGGAGCCCAGGUUGAUCCGAUCGUCAGGCUUGAAGAGGUCGCCGUCACCACCGGUGAAGAAGAUGAAGACCCCAUACUCGAUCUGAAAGCAAAGCUCUAUCGAUUCGAUAAAGUAGGGAAUCAGUGGAAGGAGAGAGGCGCUGGUACUGUGAAGCUUCUGAAACACAAGGAGUCUGGUAAAGUUCGGCUUGUUAUGCGCCAAUCCAAGACUCUCAAGAUCUGCGCAAAUCAUCUAGUUGUUCCAACGAUGAAAGUGCAGGAACAUUCAGGAAAUGAUAAAUCAUGCGUGUGGCAUGCUACUGAUUUCGCUGAUGGGGAGCUGAAGGAUGAGAUGUUCUGUAUUCGCUUUGCUUCUGUUGAGAAUUGCAAGACCUUCAUGGAAAUGGUUCAGGAGGCUGCUGAAUCACCGGCAAAGAAAGAAGAAAGCAAAGAAACCACAGCUGCUGCUGGACUUCUUGAGAAAUUGAGUGUUGGGGAUGAUGAAGCAGAGGAGAAACCCCAGAAAGAGGUUCCUGUUACGAGCAAGGAGGCAGAAUCUGGAAGUGAGCACGAGAAGGCCAAGGAAGUGGAAUCUGGAAGUAAGCAGGAGAAGCCUGAUGUGGAUAAGAAAGAUGAGUCCCUAUCCCCAGCAUAGGCCAGAAUGGGAGCACAUUUUCUGGUCAUUUACUGAGAAACUUGCCAUAUUGAUUUGGGUCGAAUGGUUGGUAGAUUCUACCCCUUUGCCUGCUGGGUUUGAGUUCUCCUUCCGCUGUGUUUUGAGUUCUCCAUGGCAAUUGCGCGCAGUUAAAUUUAGCGGUAUUAGGAUCCGGGUCGGUGAUGGUGUCUGCAUUCUUCUGAGUUCUGGGUCUUUGUUGUCUGUCAAUCGAUCAGUAUUGGAUACUGCGGUGCUUGUCCUAGGUAUGGGUUCAUUGGUUUUAGAGAGUGAUCUCAUGAGGAUGUCGUGUUAGGGUCGAUCUUGUGAGCAUUUCCUUUUUAAGGUCUUUUCCCCUGCUCCUUUCAUUUGUUGGUUGUGUUUUGGAUCUCAUUUGUUCAUUUUAAUUUGUUAUGUUCCUUUUCCUAAA